AUGCCAUCGUCGCAUUAUGAAGAAACGUCUGGGAUAUGUGCGAAGACGGCAGGGAGGCGAAGAGGCUGUGCGCGCGCGAGACGAAGCGGAUUGCACUGCAUCUCCUACCAGCAGAGAUCCUACUGCAGAUCGCCAACCAAUUCAGUGACGAGGAUCCGCCCAUUUCAUUGAUCGCCUUGUCGUCAACGUGUAAGUCACUGCAUCUCUUUGUCGAAGUUCAAGGUUGGAAGGCCUGGCUUUUCGGAAAGCCGGGUUCUAUCUCUGCCUGCCAACCUGAUGGGGAAGCUCUUUGCCAGUGGAGAUACAAAGUCCAACGCUAUCAUCUCAACAACGUCUCUUGGCAAAAGCAACGACUUGUGGCACACCGUGCAUCGAUCAAUCAGACAGCCACCUUCGGAGGGGCGAAUCGUUCGAAUGGAUGCCAUGCUGGAUACUGGAGACAAGCGAGAGAUGAGGCAGUAGAGCCGUUCCUUCGACUGGGCCAAGAUUGGUUGCUCCUCUUUCUCCGUUCUGAGGUGCGGGUCUGGCAUACAAACUAUCUCAAGAAUUGCCUUCGCGAACGGAACCAUGCCGAUGGACGGUGGGCAGCUCCUGAGCUCUCAAAGACGGGCAUCGAUAUGGAUGAUGCACAGAUUGUAGAUUUGCCAGACAAGUCAGCGCCUCUUACGAGAUGGCAAGCAAUGCGUCGACGACCGGGGGAAUGGGCUUCCAAAUCGGCGGUGAAUCCCACCAAGAACAUCUCAGCUUGCUGUGCGAUAGAUUCGGCUGGAACAAAUUUUAUCGUCGGUCGCGUGGACGGCUCCCUUGAGCACUACCAGCUCCCCACAAGUCUCUCCACACGACCAAAGAGCUCGAGGCUGAGCAGUGCCAGUCAAACCCCAUCUGCUCCGUGGCAGCAAUACGCACCAAAAAGGCUCACUUUCGAGGCCACACAGCUGUCGACCUUAGAUGGUCCACGCCGCUGUUUUGGUAUGGGCCAGUCCAGCACAGGCCAAUCUGUCCAGGCACUCUCGCAUAGUCGCGACCUCGUUUGUAGCGUCACGAGGGACGGUACAAUAUGCUUGUUCAAGGCCGACAGAGAUGAGGAAGACCAAUUAAUUCUAGAAUGGCGUUUGCUUUGGCAUUUCAAAAUGGGUCGGCAAUGCUGGUCAUGUCAUCUCGAUGAAGGGGCGCCACACGGUCAAGCGCCACGGUGGCUUGCUAUCGGCAGCAAGGGGGCGGAAGCGCUCUUUCUCUUUCCACUCCAUCCAACUUCUCAUCGGCCAUGCGAGCCCAUCAUCUUGAACACGUUGCAUACGUUCAGUGGCAGGCCAGAGCCAAGCAAGAGCAGAAUCCCCUUCACUGGUGGCCAGGGCCAGUGUAGGGUGACAUCUACUUUUGCACUCGCGCAGCCUUCAAAGGAAUGCCAGGCACCGCUUCAUUCCGACAUGCUUGUCGCCGGCUUCUAUGAUGCCGUCGUCCGCGUUUAUGAUCUACGUCAAGUUACAGCGAGUGUUACUGGCCGACAUCUUCGACUUAAAAGACAAGACAGCUUAGCAGUUCCAGCUGUGUGCGAUGAACCGUUGUUUUCGAGCGACAAUCUCUUUGGGGGUGAAGACGCCGUCUACCCCUUGCAUUCUUUCAAGACGUUGUGCCCAAUGAUGCAUUUCCGCGACCGAUUCGACAGCUCUGCGAUCUAUUCGCUCGCCAUCGGCGGCGGGAAUGGGACACACAUCCUUGCCGGCACUGCUACGUCGGGAAAUGUCAAAGUGUUCGACACGCGGCAUGCACAUGACUGUUUUGUGCCGAACACCUCCGGCGAUUUGCCAGACAGAGUGCAAUUGUUCAACACCUUGCCGCCAAGUUCGAAGACGGGUUGGUCCGCAUUUGCGGGCUACCCAUCCAAGUCGCCGACGUUCAGCUUGGCGCUCGACUUGGAUUUUAUCAUUGGCGCAACGGAUCGCAAAUUGUUCGACCUUGUCUUCACAACGACACCUCUCAAACGCGAGGCUAAAGCAGAGGACCAGGGCCGGCCAGUCGCCCCAAAGGGAGACCAUGUGGGGUUGGCGUACUACUGUCUCGACAAGAUGACGCUUCAACACGCCGAGCCAUAGAUCGUUGCCAUCAUUAUUUCAGUCGUGCUAACUUCAUACAUAUGCGAGUGCGAUAAUACAUGAUACUCAAACGUGCUUUGCAAUACAAA